UCUGUAAUAAAUAACGCUUUUAAUUUGCCUUUCAGCGUUUGUGAAGGCGGGGCGUAGAGUGCAUCCAUCAUCACGUGACACAGAUAUACUCCAGAACUUCCGGAGAAAUUCAUCAUAUAUUUGAUGGGCGGUUAUAAAUAUUAUAGGCAUCAUGUCGCCCAGCACUGCACAAAAUCUUCGGAUAGCAGCUGUCCAUCUGGCGUUUCUUUUUCUUCUAGAUGUGAUUUCCCUCGCAUAUGCAGAUAAGAGUUAUGAAGAUGUGCGUUGCAAGUGCAUCUGUCCACCCUACAGAAACAUCAGUGGACAUAUCUACAAAAAGAAUGUGUCCCAGAAAGACUGCAACUGUCUGCAUGUGGUGGAGCCCAUGCCAGUGCCUGGCCAUGAUGUGGAGGCCUACUGUCUGCUCUGUGAGUGCAAGUAUGAAGAACGAAGCAGCAACACCAUUAAGGUGACCAUUAUAAUCUACUUGUCAGUGGUUGGAGCUCUUCUGCUGUACAUGCUGUUUCUACUUCUAGUUGAUCCUCUUAUCCGCAAACAUGAUCCGUACACCAUGCCACUGCAGAAUGAGGAGGAUUCUGAGGAUGUGAGGCCCCAGGUGGAUGGUUCACAAGGUCGUGGGAACACUGUGCUGGAGAGAGUAGAGGGGGCUCAGCAGCGCUGGAAGAUACAGGUCCAGGAGCAGCGCAAGACUGUGUUUGACCGGCACAAGCUCCUCAGCUAAGCCCUCAGAUGGACUCCAGCUGGGAAAAAGUCUAACAGGCACCACUGACUAAGACAACAUGCGUGGUGGUCUUAUAGAUUUAGCUUUUAUGACAAUGUUUUAUCAGUGGGCCUGCAUUAUCAUUUGCAUUAUAAUCUUACCAAGACUAACUUGGUUGAUUCCAGCUUUCAAACCGAAACUGUGAAAACAUAAAGCAACUUGUUUAGUUGCUUGCUGUUAACAUAGAUAUAAAUGAAAAGAAUC